AUGCACACACUUUUGCUGCUGGGUUUAGUUGUAGCUGUUGCAGGCUCAGGUCCUGCUGGACUCUACCAAGGGGAUAAAGUGCUUCGUCUGAUUCCGGAAAAUGACCUGCACCUGCAGUUUCUAAGGAACGCGUCCCGCACUGGGAAGGUUGAUUUUUGGCAUCCGCAUUCAAUCGACCUGGUGACCACAGGGAAAGGUGUGGAUUUCAGGGUGGCUGCUCAUUGGAGCUCGGAUAUCCAGGCUGAACUGGAGAAGAUUGGUUUGAAAUAUGAGAUAUUAACUGAGAACUUGCAAAUCUUGAUUGAGAACCAGUUCGACCAAAUAAGGACUCGAUCAUUUAGCUAUGAUUAUAAAAGUUAUCAUAACUGGGAUCAGAUUGAAUCCUGGACUGCUACCAUUGCCAAAGAAAAUCCAAACUUAAUUUCUCGGCUUGUAAUUGGGCAGAGCUAUGAGGGACGAGAUAUCUAUCUCCUCCAGGUUGGCAAGAGAACAGGUUCUCCGAAACCUGCCAUCUUCAUGGACUGCGGGAUCCAUGCCAGGGAAUGGAUCUCCCCAGCAUUUUGCCAGUGGUUUGUGAAAGGGGCUGUUAGAACAUAUGGAACAAGAUCUCCCCUGAACUCUCUUGUCAAUGAGAUGGAUUUCCUGGUUAUUCCUGUUGUAAAUGUAGAUGGUUAUGUAUACUCUUGGACUGAGGAUCGACUUUGGAGGAAGACAAGAUCCAGGAAUUUUGACUCUGACUGUGUAGGAACUGAUCCAAACAGAAACUUCAAUGCUGAAUGGUGUACGAAUGGAUCCUCAAGGAACCCAUGUUCUGCAAUCUAGUGUGGACCAUAUGCAGAAUCUGAAAAGGAAGUCAAGGCAGUUGCAGACUUCAUCCGUAACCACAGUUCAAUCAUCAAGGCUUAUCUCACAAUUCAUUCAUAUGGACAGAAAUGUUUGUUCCCAUACUCCUACACUUAUUCAUUGGCAUUUAACAAUAACGAACUGGCUAACCUUGCUCAGAAUGCAGUCCAGGCUUUGAAAAGUCUUUAUGGAACUGAGUAUACCUUUGGUUCUGGAUUGAGUUCAAUGUAUCUCGCUUCUGGUGGUUUGGAUGACUGGGCCUAUGACCUUGGCAUCAAGUACUCGUUUACCUUUGAACUCCGUGAUACAGGCAAAUAUGGUUUCCUGUUGCCUGAAACUCAGAUCAGACCAACCUGUGAAGAAACCAUGCUGGCUAUCAACUACAUCGCCACUUAUGUUCUCAACCAUCUGUACUAA